GUCAGGGUCACAGUAGCGCAAGAGGCGGUGCCGCAAGCAGAAGCAGAGGACGGAGUCGUGGCCGUGGGAGACGUUACACAUCCAGACACACCUACCAGACAAAUACACACGCGUGCGUCACAGCCUGGAUCAGAUACAACUCAGGCGAAUACCCGCUCACGCCCAACAGGCGAGUUCGCUCAUCCGACUACCGCACCCACAACACAAACCAACACACUACCGAACCCGGUGGUGGUUCAGCAAGUCAACAACACCAACACGGUGGGGUUAACCUCGACAGCAGCGACAUCCGCAACACUGGCGCCUCCAGGUGAGUUGUGCUGUGGCAGAGUGUUCGUGUACACGCACAUGUCUCUUUUCUAUCACGAGGAAUGGCCUGAAGUGCGAGUUUCGGAUGCGUUAUGGGCGGCUGUGGAGUGGCGCUGUAGGCUGUUUAACGAGUUGGUUGUUGUCUGUUUAACGAGUUGGUUGUUGGCCGUUUAA